AUGGUAAAACCGAUUGAACACUAUGACGCUGUGGAAGUUGUUCCGAUUGAAACAGCUGUUGAACCGUUGGUUUCGCUGAUUCCCGAUAUUAAGGAAAUGGUUGCCAAAGCGAAAGAGAAAUGUGAUCAACCAAAAGAUGGUUUGACAAUAGAUGAAUCUGCCUCAAUUAUGCUCUAUUCAAUGGAAUGGCAACCAAGAGAAAAAUCGUUGUAUGUUAUAUUGAAUAGCACUCUACGAGCUGAAGAUCGAGAAAAAAUACAACCGUGGGAACUUUAUAUAAAACUUUUUGUCUCUUCACUUGAGAAAUUGCCAUCAAUUUCUCGAACCAUUUAUCGAGGAGUAAAAUUGGAUUUGAGUGCUCAAUAUCCACAAGGAAAAACAUUUGUUUGGUAUCCAUUUUCAUCAUGUACUAAUUCAGUACAAGUACUUCAAUCCGAACAAUUUCUUGGAAAGACAGGAACCAGAACUCUCUUCAAUAUUGAUUGUGAAUCCGGCAAAAAUAUUCAAAAUCAUUCAUUCUUUCCGAAUGAAGAUGAAAUACUAUUGAUUGCUGCUCGAAAACUCCAUGUUACAUCAUGUCUUGAUUCUGGCAAUGGUCUUACCAUUAUUCAACUCAAAGAAGUUGGAGCAGACGAUCCCCUUCUAGGAUCUGCGCGUAGAGACAAUACAUCUUCUGAAGCGGACAAUAUAUCUUCUGAAACGAGCACUGCAUCUGAACCAAAUCAUCAAGAAGCUUCGGUAGCUCCGGAUCUGAUUUCCUUUGAUCCUCAAGAUCUAAAUCCACUCAAGGCUGCAAAUAUUUCGAAUUUGCCUGGAUUUCCAUUUUAA